AUGAGGCAAAAGUCUCUACGAAAUUCUAAUCGUUAUUUCCAUUUUCAAUGGAUCUGUUCAAUAAUGAUUAUAAUUAUAACUGUAAUUAUAAUACCUAACAAAACAUUUUCAAUGACUAUACAACAUAGUCAAAAACCAAAUGAUUUCUAUGGUGUUAUUAAUAAUGAUGAUAAUGAUGCUGAUGAUUCAACUCUUAGCAGUAAUAAUAAUUUUCAAAGAUAUUUGAGUGAACAAUCAUUCAAUCCAUAUCAACAUGAACUAAACAAAUAUCCUAAUAGUAUUACAUAUAAACGUGGUCCAGCUCCCUUAGCAACAUCAUUUAGAAAUUCACCAUCAUUUUCAUUUAAUGGUGAUAUGCGUUCAAUUUCUAAUUUAAGACAUAUGAUGUCUGGUGCUAAUCCAUUAACAGCAUUUGGGUAA